CACCGGAGAGUAGGACGCAUGCGCCAGCCUGGUGGCGCACAGGAAGUAAAGGGGCGCAUGCGACAAACUGUCAAGGACGGGGACGUGCGCGUACAAGGCACGUGGAGAAGUGACGCACACGUAAUACAACUUUAAUCGGGAAAAAGCAAGGCGCAUGCGCAGAGGAAAGGCAAACUCCGCCAUGGGGGAGAGGGCUCACAAAAGGCGAGCGACAGGGCACAGUACGCAUGCGCAGAAGGAGACGCGGCGGGAGACUGCGCUAGUUACCGAGGGGACGACGUUGUGAUUGGAGGGCUCUAAAGGACGUGGAACCAAUUAGCAGCGAGCACCACCCUCUUAUCCCACUAUCUCUUAUGCAGGUGGAGAUGUCGGCCGAGGCCACGACAGCCCUGCUCCCAGCCCCCGAGGCCUGCGCCCCCGUGGUGCCCACGCAGCACCAGCCUACAGGGGGAGCGGUGGGUGUGACCUUUGACUUAAAGCCCUUGAAUCCCAGCAGCAAGUACGUGAAGUUGAACGUGGGGGGGUCCCUGCACUACACCACAGUGCAGACCCUCACCAAGCAGGACACCAUGCUCAAGGCCAUGUUCAGCGGGAGAAUGGAAGUGCUCACUGACAGCGAAGGCUGGAUCCUGAUCGACCGCAGUGGCCGUCACUUCGGCACCAUCCUCAACUACCUGCGGGAUGGCUCUGUCUCGCUCCCCGAGUCACAGCGGGAGCUGGAGGAGGUGCUGUCCGAGGCACGGUACUACCUCAUCCAGGGUCUGGUGGAGGACUGCCAGCUCGCUCUGCAGCAAAAGAUCGAUGCCUAUGACCCUCUGUGUCUCAUUCCCAUGGUGACAUCCCCCAAGGAGGAGCAGCAGAUCAUCUCCAGCUGCUCCAAGCCAGUGGUGAAAUUGUUGCAUAACAGAAGUAACAACAAGUAUUCGUAUACCAGUAACUCGGACGAUAACCUGCUGAAGAACAUUGAGCUGUUUGACAAGCUGGCGCUGCGCUUCAAUGGGCGGGUCCUCUUCAUCAAGGACGUGCUCGGGGACGAGAUCUGCUGCUGGUCCUUCUAUGGGCAGGGCCGCAAAAUCGCUGAGGUCUGCUGCACCUCCAUCGUCUACGCCACCGAGAAGAAGCAGACCAAGGUGGAGUUCCCCGAGGCCCGGAUCUUCGAGGAGACCCUGAACAUUCUGAUCUACGAGACCCCGCGGGUCCCUGACAAGGCACUCCUGGAAGCGACGGGUGGGGCGGCCGGAGGAGGGGGCGGCCCGCACCGGGCUGACGAGGAGGAUGGGCGGGAGCACCGGGUCCGGCGCAUCCAUGUCCGGCGCCACAUCAUGCACGAUGAGCGCCCCCAUGGCCACCAAGCCGUCUUCAAGGACUGAGCCUGCGCCGCCCCCACGGCCCCGUCCAGGUGCCAAAUGGCAGGGGUGGGGCGCCCCUUCCUUCUGCCACAUCCUCGCUGCCUCUCUGACCUUUUUGGGGUCUCCCUUGACCCCUCUCCACUCUUUGGGAGCUCUCCGCCUUGUGGCCUCUGACCUUUGACCUCUUUCUUCUCAGAUUUCACUUCCCUGCAGUAGAGACCUGGGUAACCCCCUGGACUGCACAGGGGAGAGGGACAUGGGAGGCGGCUCCUGGGAGACCCCUCUUGCUUCUUAAUUAAUCACCUUGGCACCAACACCCAUGUUUAACGAGCCUAAUUCCUUUGCUUUUGUGGGUGUGUGAAAUGCCUGGUCUGUCCCCCAUCGCACUCCAUCCUGGAUAGACACCUGUGACUCUAACGCAGCCCGACACUGCAGGUCAGGCCGGGAUCAGUCAGCCACUGCCCCCAGGGGGCAGCAGACAGCAGGGAGGCCAGUGCUGCCUUAUUAUGUGCUAUGCGGGUGCUGGCUGAGUGGGGAGCUGCCAGCUAGUCCAGCCCCAGCCUCUCCUGGCGGGGGGCGCUGUGGGGUGGGGGGAGCUCCUGGCUACUCCAGCCCGGCCUCGCCCAGCAGGGGCACUGUGGGGAGUUCUGGCAGUGAGAGUUUUGCUGCCUGUCCCACCCUCCCUUCCUUCUGGGGGUGGGGGAGUGACCCCCACUUACCAGCCUCAAAACUCUCCUCUCCUUGUUACACUCAUGGUAUGUUCCAACCCUCCAGAUUUCACACCCCUUUUCUACAAAUUACAUGGCACGACCCUAACCUUCCUCCUCUGUCCCCCCACUGUCCUUUACCACAUACAUGGAAUUUACCUUUUUCCCCAAAAAAAUACACGAUGCUCUUACCAGCAUCGGUUAAAACACAUGGUACGCGCCAACCUACUGGGCCCACUAUGCUUCCCCACAAAAUACAAUGGAACGCACCACUCUUCUCUCCCCCGGCCAAAUACAGUGGAAUGCUCUACUCCCCUUCCAACCUUCCAAUAAAAUGUGAGGUACCAAUUCCCCCCAAUAAAAUUUUACUCAAUCACCCAAUCUAAAUUGGUACUUUCCAAUCUUCUCCCCCUACAAACUACAAUGGGAUAUUCCAACCUGCCUCCAAAUAAUACAAUGGGGUGUUCCAAGCCUCACCCCUCAAAAUAAAAUGGGACGUUCCAGUCUCCCUAUUAUAUGAGAUGUUCCAAUCCCCUUCUCUUAUAAAAUAUAAUGGGAUGCUUCAGCCUGCCCCAAAGAAAAUGGGCUGUUCCAAACUUCACACCCCCAUAAAAAUACAAUGGGAUGCUCCAACCCCCUCUCAAAUAAAUUGGCAUGGUCCAAACCUCACCCCCCCACACAGAAAAGGCAAAGGGGGAGGGGGGGCCCCCAUUCCCCCCCCUGUACUGGCCCUCACUCCCUGUUAUUGUCAUGUUUGUAUAAUUUAUUUUAACAGGGUUUUUGCUUUUCUAUUAAAUUAUUGUAAUAAAGAUUCCUGGGAAACGUC